ACCGGAAAUUUUAUAUCUUGUCACGGAGAGAUAUGACACGCCAGGAAGCCUGGCCUACACGGGAGGCAUGUUCCUAAUUUAAAAGCGAAGCAACACGAAGCACAGCAACAGAGAGAGCCCUUCUCUCCCACGACCCCCACGCACGGCCGAAUCGCGGGGCCCGAAUCGCCCGCGCCGGAAGCCAAAGCAAAGCCGCGGGGAGUCGGGAAGGGAGAAGCGAGCAAGCGAAGCGGAGGAGGAGGAGGAGGAGGAGGAGGAGGGGGGCAGCAUGGACGCCACGCCGGCGGCGGCGCGCAGGAAGAAGAAGGCGCCCGCCGAGGCCGCGAAGAAGCGGCCGGGAGGCGGGGCGCGGGGGCCCGGGCCAGGCGCGUCCCCUGCGGCGCCGCCCGCGGACCCCACCGGGAGCGGCGCGGCGGCGGCGGAGUGCGCGGCGGCGUGCUGCGUGCUCUGCGCGUGCCUGCCCGUGGCCGUGCUCUGCUGCGUGGCGCGCGCGCCGCUCCGCGUCGCGAGGCGGUGCUGCGGGCGCUGGAGGCGGCGGCCCCGGCGGCGGCUCGCGCCGGGGGGCUCCUCGUCGUUCUCGGACGCCGAGGCCGGGGAGUUCCUGCCGGGCGGAGGCCAGCCCCAGGCUCGGUCGCGCUCGCCGCGCGGUCGUGGCGGCCGGGCGACCUAGCAGCACCCCGCCUCCGGCGCCGCCGCGUCAACCGCCGCCGCCUCAGGAUCGGAGGAGAUUAUUGGCGUCAAGUUAGUCAGUUACUGACAUUUCCCCGAUUUUUUUCCUCUGCAAUUUUGUUGUAACCACAACCAGAGGAUCUGCCGAGUAGGAUCUGCUGCUGUUUAGAUUUGCUCCUCCUCGGCUCUGUUUAGCUAAUUAGCUCAUCCAGAGAAGAAAAAAAUGGUUGAUAUCGGCGAAUCCCGACGGUUUUAUCACGCCGAUCUUACAAGGCCAUGGCAAAGUGCAAGUGCAUUGUCGUCUCUCUUUUUUUCUGUACAUGGUCCGAUCAAGAGAUACAUUUUCCCUUUUUUUGCGAGAAAGAGCUACAUUUACCAUUUGCAUCUCC